AUGUCUUCUAACCGGUAUCCCACCAGGUCGUCCCGGAGACUCCAAUGCCACAAGGCUCUCACAGACCAUAUAUAUCAAUGUCUCAGCAAGAAAAUCGAUCCGAAGCAUAUAUUACAUGCCACAUUCAAGAAGAACCUCAGUUGCUGCGCUGUCGAGCUAUUACCGGCAAUCGAAGAAGCCCUGAAGAAUGGUAAUGUUAAGGCUGUGGAUCCGCACACGUUGCCAAGCCAUGAGAGCCCUGUUGGCAUAUCUGCUCCGAAGCCUCAAGAAUCUGACAUUUAUGUCUUGAUUGAUAACGGGGCGAAUGACGGGGCUAGAAUCAACGAAUCUCACGCACGGGAAUUGCUUGAGGAACGAGGAUACUGGGAUGCAGAACGACCCGGUAUCUGUCAGGCACUGGAUCAGGUAGGCCAGAUUCAAGGACUUCUUUCCAAGUCUGUGGGUAUCCUUUAG